CCGCGCGCACCAGACGGCUUGAGCACGCACAGUGGUGACAACUUCGCGACAGCAUCAAGUGGCAACCUCUACAGAUUGGGGAUCCAUCGGCGUGAGAAGCAGCCCCGCGCAGAGAAGUGACCGCAUCGACACACGACCACGCACUCCGCUCUUCGACCUCACAAAUCUUCCUUACACCGGAAAACAUCACCACAAUGGCGGCAUUACAAGACCGCUCGCAACAGCGCUCAGCGCCAGGCCCCUCCCAGACCCAGACAGAAACGCAGAGCAGGACGGGCACACAGGCGAUCCUGCGGCUGCGAGGCGCUCACGCUCCGUCUAGGCAGUCGGUGCGAUGGGCGGAAGACGUGGUGGAUAACGAGGGCCUGGGACGCAAGAGCUCAAAAGUCUGCUGCAUCUACCACCGCCCCAAGGGCGUCGACGAAUCCAGCGACGAGUCCUCUUCAGACUCCUCUGACGACUCUUCCGACUCCGAGGCGGACGACAAUGGUGGGCGGAGGAGGAUACCUUCUGGAGACCACAAGGGGAAGGGGAAGGACAAGAAGAGCGGCAAGCGGGGAGAUCAUGACCACAACUGCGACGACCACGAUCACGACCACAGCAGUCACGGAUACGGGAGGAAGGAUGGUCGCGAGGGGAGCGAGAAGAGGAGGCCUAGCCCGAAUGCAUAUGAGAGGGUGCCGAAGCCGCCCAAGCCCAAGGAUGAGGGGAGCGGUGGUCCGCCAGCCAAGGCUUGAGUGAAGAGAGCAUGAGACGGUCGAUUUCUGGUUCGCGAUGCAUAUCUUAAGGCGUUGGAGGGGAUUGAUACAUGGUUUACGGAUGAGC